AUUAGUAUCGCUUUUCUUCGCUCCUACCGAGAGCCCCCUUUCUCGCCUCGGGAGCUGCUCCAAUUCGGCUUCUUUCCUUCCCAAUCCGGCCUCCCCCUCCCCUAGCUAGCUCGCCGGCGACGCGGUUAUGCUUCCCCACCGGCUGCGGCGGCGGGGGCAGGCGUGAAUACUUGGCGGCGAGUGGUGGCAGGGUGCAUGAUGUCGGCGCCGGAGAGCUCCUGCGGCGGCGACGAAGAGGCGGGGAUGAGGAGGAGCAAGGUGAACCAGGAGCUGUGGUACGCCUGCGCGGGGCCGCUGGUGGCGCUGCCGCCGGCGGGGAGCCUCGUCGUCUACUUCCCGCAGGGGCACAGCGAGCAGGUGGCAGCAUCUAUGCGAAAGGACGCAGAUGCACAGAUUCCAAGCUAUCCAAAUCUUCCAUCAAAGCUGAUAUGCAUCCUCCACAAUGUCACUAUGGAGGCUGAUCCUGACACAGACGAAGUUUAUGCUAGAAUGACUCUCCAGCCAGUAAGCAAUGUGACACAAUGUGACAAGGAGAUAUUGCUGGCCUCAGAGAUUGCGCUGAAGCAAAGCAGGCCACAAACAGAGUUCUUUUGCAAAACACUGACCGCAAGCGAUACGAGCACUCAUGGAGGAUUCUCUGUGCCACGGCGUGCCGCAGAGAGAAUUUUCCCUCAGCUUGACUUCUCAUUGCAGCCUCCUGCUCAGGAACUUCAGGCCCGGGAUUUGCAUGAUAAUACUUGGACAUUCCGGCAUAUAUUUAGAGGCCAGCCUAAAAGGCAUCUGCUGACUACUGGCUGGAGCCUAUUUAUUAGUGGGAAGAGACUUCUUGCUGGUGAUUCAGUCUUAUUUAUUAGGGAUGGGAAACAUCAACUCCUUUUGGGGAUCAGGCGAGCAAAUAGGCAACCUACUAACCUCUCAUCAUCUGUCUUGUCUAGUGACAGUAUGCACAUUGGAGUUCUUGCUGCUGCAGCCCAUGCAGCAGCGAAUAACAGCCAAUUCACAAUAUUCUAUAACCCAAGGGCUAGUCCUUCAGAAUUUGUGAUUCCUUUUGCCAAGUACCAGAAGGCAGUCUAUAGCAACCAGUUAUCUCUUGGUAUGCGGUUCAGGAUGAUGUUUGAAACUGAAGAAUCUGGAACAAGAAGGUACAUGGGUACAAUAACUGGCAUAAGUGAUCUGGAUCCUGUAAGGUGGAAAAGCUCUCAGUGGCGCAGUAUUCAGGUUGCAUGGGAUGAAGCAGCCCCGACUGAAAGGCGCACCAGGGUUUCCCUCUGGGAGAUUGAGCCUGUCAUUGCUCCAUUCUUUAUCUAUCCGUCGCCAUUAUUCACUGCAAAGCGUGCCAGACAACCUGGGAUGAUAGAUGAUGAGACCUCAGAAAUGGACAAUCUUUUUAAGAGGACCAUGCCAUGGCUUGGUGAGGACAUUUGCAAGAAAGAUCUGAAUAGUCAGAACAGUAUAGCGCCUGGUCUAAAUUUAGUCCAGUCACUUCAGUGGAUGAACAUGCAGCAGAACUUGUCCCUUGCUGGCACAGGUAUGCAACCAGAGUUACUAAAUUCACUCGCUAGCAAACACGUACAAAACCUGUCUGCAGCUGAUAUAUCGAGGCAAAUCAGCUUCCAGCCCCAGUUCUUGCAACAAAAUAACAUCCAGUUCAAUACCUCGCUGCUACCGCAGCAAAACCAACAGAAUGAACAGUUAGCAAAAGUUAUAGCACCAAACCAACUGGGAAAUAUUAUGGUACCACAGAAGGUAGAUCAAGAUCGCAAUUCUGACCAGAAGCAGCAUGUGGUUACUCAAUCAUUACCAGGCGGCCAGGCAAGCAUAAACAUCACACGGCCUCAACUUGUCGCCCAAGCUCAAUUCCAGCAACCUCAGGUGAUUCUCCAGGCUCAAGUCCAGCAACAGCAACCUCUGGUCCAAAGUCAUACUGUCUUGCAUGGAGGCCUUCAGCAAAUCCAGCUUCUGCCGCAACAGCAACCACAUUUGCAGAAGCAGCAACAAUCUCAACAUCAUCAGCAGGUUCAACACUUGGUUCAGGAGCAGCAGCACAUAAAGGUACAGCCUCUUCAGGUGUCCAGUGACGUAAACAUGAAUAUGCAGCUGUCUGAUAAUCAAAUGAAACUUCAACUAUUAAAGGCUCUACAGUCGCAGCAACAUCUGACCUUGGAACAGCAGAAAAUGUUUUUUGAUCUGCAGCAGCAAAUGGUAAAUUGUCAGUCAGAUCCUCAGCAAUGUACACAAGGAGCUACCCAAACUGUUGGUAUACACAACACUAUCCAGUACACAACACAACAAAACUCUCAACCCCACCAACCAGUUCAAGAUUCUCCUGGGAAUUCUAUCCCGAUUGCAAAAACAGAUAUUAUUACCUCCAUGGGUGCCAGCUCGUUGAGUACGGUUGGUGGAAUGCAGUCACUGAAGACACAUAAUGGUCCCUCUUCGUCAACAUCACCAUGCACCAACACUAAUCCUGUUCUUUUGCAAUCCAUCCCAAGUAGCUCCAAGAAUCAAAGUUCACUAACUGCAGCUAAAACAUCUCAAUCAUCUGUUAUGUUAGGCCCUACAAUUGAACAGGAAAUGAAAUCUUACCAAAGUGUGAAGCCAACUAUGAUUAUCCCCAAGAUGACGGAACAAAGACCAACUACUGGCCAAGACUGCCUAAACAAUAACCCUCACAUAGAUUACUUGGACACAUCCUCUUCAGCUACUUCGGUUUGCCUUUCUCAGGCUGAUGGAUCAUUUCAACAAAACUUUCCACCAUCAUCCCUCAAUCAGCACCAGCUGUUGAGGGACACAGUUCCAGAUAAUGAGUUUGAGGUUACAGAUCCAAGAAAUAACCUUCUAUUUGGGGUGAACAUUGAUGGUCAACUGGGCUUACCACUUAAUGCAGACGCCUUGCUUGCAACUAGCAUUGAAAACGAUAAGUUCAUGGAUCAGAUGGCUGGAAAUGGCAUUUCUAACUACAUGUCAUCAAAGGAAUCUCAACAGGAGAUAUCAUCUUCAAUGAUUUCACAUUCAUUUGGAGUUGCUGAUAUGGCAUUCAAUUCUAUAGAUUCUGCGAUCAAUGAUACCCCAUUCUUAAAUAGAAAUUCCAGGGCUCCAGCUCCCGCACAUCAGCGCAUGCGAACGUAUACCAAGGUGCACAAACGUGGUGCUGUAGGAAGAUCUAUCGACAUCAACCGAUAUUCUGGAUACGAUGAAUUGAAACAUGACAUUGCUCGGAUGUUUGGUAUUGAGGGGCAGCUUGGUGAUCAAAGUAGAGUUGGGUGGAAACUAGUAUAUGAAGAUCAUGAGAAGGAUGUUCUACUAGUUGGUGAUGACCCAUGGGAGGAUUUCCUGAAUUGCGUACGGUGCAUCAGGAUUCUUUCUCCUCAGGAAGAAAUGCAAAUGAGGUUGGUUGGUGACAUCGGAGACGGCUUCCUUCCAAACCAAGCCUGCAGCAGCUCAGAUGGGGGUCAACCCUGGUAACUGAAAAGUUAUCAAGCAGUUCCGACAGUCAUAUGAUCACCGGUUUCAAAGGCCAAUACAGUUUCUGGCGCUGCGAGGCCGACAUUUUUCUCGGUCAGUCUCAUGAAUACAAAUGGCAAUGAUGAUAAUCGACGUUAAUUUAGGCUUCUGAGAAAUUCGGAGCUUAGAGUACAUUGAUCGAGGCAGCGGGUCACGAAAACAUGAGCAUAGAGAACAGUUCAUACUCUUGUAGUUCUGAUAAGUUUUGAUGGCCUUGCAAUCUACAUACAUAUCCACCCCAUAUUUUUUUUUCUUCUACCAUGUAUAUGUCUUUGUUGCCAGAUGUAACAAGCAGGUUGUCAGAUACUCAUUCCAGAUGUCACUACUGAUCUAGUAGUAAAUGAAGGGGAAAAAUAUAUCACUUCAAAGA